GACGCAGUGGGCGGCCCGGCACGGGCGGGGGCGGCCCAUGCACGGGCGGAGGCGGUGUUAGAGAAUCGGGGGGCCGCGAGGCCCCCGGCAUGGAGGCGGCGGCGGCGGCCCUGGGCCUGCGGCGCUGGAGGCGGCGCGGAGGGACCGGCGUCUGGAGAAGUUCCCCAGCACCACGAGCGCUCCUGUGCCAUGCGUCUGCCACAGCGGGCGGCCAGCCCCGUCUGUAGUUAAGAGGGAUGGUGCAUAGCAGAGACCUGGGGUAUCCUGAGCUCAGAUGCAAGCAGACCGAAUCCUGUACUGGAUAAUAGGAAGAAGUGGCAAAAUUCAGUACCUUGUAUGGUGUCCUUGCAGUAAGUACCAUUAAAAAGGGGCAGGUUGCUAUGGGUAAAAACUUGAAGCGUGUUUCUCCCCAGAAGGUUUUCUUAUGUAUGAAGUUGGAAUUUACACAGCUCUGCACCUUCCAUUUGGCACAGUUUCUGUAAUAUGCUUGCUGGUGUUUACAGCUGUAGAUAAAGCCUCUAUGUGUUUUUGGCAUAUAGAUUCCAGCUCAGAAGCCUGAGCCUCUGGAGGCUUGCUUUUUCCCCAUGUGAUCUGCUAAAUGAUCUUGCAAAGCUCUGCUAUUUUCUCUGGUGGGAAAUUAACUAUUUCGCUUCCCUUAACACAAGAGCAAGUCACAUGCUUUUUUUUGUGAGUUUGCAGCAUCUCAGUCAGCCUACGACUGUCCUAAAUAAAGCAAUUCCUAUCUUCUGUUACCUCGCAUACUGUAUUACUGGAUUGUAUCAGAAAUGUUCUUCAUCCAAAUUCAGCCCAGGCUGGAUGUGGCUCUGGGCAGCCUGGUCUGGUGGUUGGCGACCCUGCACACAGCAGGGGGGUUGAAACUAGAUGAUCAUUGUGGUCCUUUUCAACCCACCAGGCCAUUCUGUGAGUUUAUCUUGUAACUUCCCUUUAUGCUUGGCACGUCUUUGGUGAUAUCCAAAAUGGAUAUUCUUUCUUUGCUGAAACUCAGCUCAGAUAUCGCUCUUUGAAAUUCGGAGCAGUCAAUGAGCUCAGUGCCGCUCUCCAUUGCUAACCGACUAUGGAGCAGUAAGUGGACAGCUCUGCAGCAGGACUCAAAACAAGACCUCUUUUGGAAGUGCACCAGCUUGUCCUGAAGAAUGUCUGUCUCAGCCCUUCAGGCACAGCUGCCCAGAGGAGUGCAUGUGCCCCAUCCCUGGAGCUGCCCAAGGCCAGGCUGGACGGUGCCCUGUGCAGCCUGAGCUGGUGGGAGGCAGCCAGCCUAUGGGCAGGGGUUGGGGCUGGGGGGCUUUUAGGGUCCCUUCCACACUUCUGACUUCUUUAUCACUCUGUGGAGAAGUUUUUCUAGCCCAGCAGUCUGUAUGUUGUGUUGCAGACUCUUCCCUGCUGAGAUGAUCUGUCCUUCCUUUUAAAAGGUCCCGUGCGAGUGCAUCACCUCCCUGCCAGAUCGAACCUUUUACACUACAGUACCCCUCUUGUUACUGUGCUGUCUGAUUCAGUUGUUUGUCACCAUCUCCAUGGCAUCCAAGCGUCUGCUAGUGACAACCACUUCACUAAAUGAGAGCAUUCAGCUACGAACCUCAGUGUCUGUACUUAGAGGGAUGGCGUGCCUGUGGUCCUUGGUCAGCGGAAAUGAAAGCUCCCCUUUGCUCUGUGGAAUGGUUUGCCAGCUUAUUCCUCAAAAGAAAGCAAAGAAGCAGCAAUUUGUGACUUCUGUUACGCUGUGGUGGAUGCUCUUUCCUGAGCAGAGCGUAUGGAGAGCAGUGACAGAUAUCUUUAAUGAGAGAUUCUCUAUAUGAAUGCUACAAGAUUGCUCUUCCACUCACCUUUGCCGUUUUCACUUAUUUUCCAGUAGAGAAAGAGGCUACUUGCUCUUUCAGGCCUUCUGUCCGAGGUUAAUAUGAGGCUCAAACCACCUGGCACACGAACAAUGAGGAGCAUAGGGAGGGAGAGCUGCCUUUCCUGAGAUGUGUCUCCAGCUCUCUGCUGGUGGAGAAGGGGAUUUGUCAAUUCUCUGAGGCCUUGCUCUCGCUUUGGAUGAAGGCGGACGAAUUACUGCAGGCCGACCUGCAGAAAGUGCUUGUUCUCCUGCGAAAGGGUGGCUGAGAAAGUGUUGUGGGUGCAUCUCAAGUGCCUCACAGAAGCCUGCUGCUCAUACUGACAGAGCCCUGGGCGGCUGGACUUGCACUGAAGGAAAAAAACCGACACAAACCGUGCUCUUCGCAGUGUGAGAAACACUCAUGUCCCUGGUUAUCCUUGAUUCCUCAACCAUUUGCUGCUUGGAAUGUCGUGAAAGCCUCCCGUUUGGAGCUCUGAGGUUGGUAAUAUCUUUAUUCCUAGGGACGCACCACGUGUAUGUUGUGAUGAACUACUCUGACCGGGACCCAAGAGGAUGGUAUCACCUCAGCAGUAGUGUUCUUCCUUCUCCUGGGAGCAGUAAAGAGCAGAGAAAUGGAGUGUGCUGCUGUGUGCCAUUCAUCUGACCCGGAGCCCGUCCGGCUUUUUGUUCUCCUGUACCCUUGUGUGCCUGUGGGUCUGCAAGUGGAGGAGCUUGGGGUGGUUGGGCGACGUUAAAUGCAAGUUUUCAGACAGCAGGCAUUUGCAGAGACAGAGAUUAAUGAACAAAGUGUUCAGCAUCGAGAGCGAGAAGAGGAAAUGAGGCUUUGUGGGACUUGAACUUCUGGCAUGAUGCUUAAUGAAAGCCUGAUAAGAAGUUGCUAUUGCUCUGUAUUUUGAGGCUGUGCUGCAGAAGCAGGGAGGUGAAACAGCAGAUCUGUUCCGAGGCUGCUGCUCAUGACUGGUCUCUCAGAAAUAGUCCUUGUGUCAAGAGGGUAGAUGGAAGUUCACUGUAUCCUCUGAAAUGAGAGUGUGCACGUUCAGAUGAAGUAAGUUGUAUGACACCUCCUGGGUGCACGGGUGCUUCUGUUAGCUGCCCGGGCUGAGGCAGGUUGCCUGGGUGAGCAGGGGAGAGGAUGGAGUUGCUUAAGGGAACGUGGAAGUCUGCAGCACUGCGUAUCUUGUUCUCUGAGCUCGUUAUCCUUUAAGACGCUAAUGAUGUGCAAUGGACAAGCCAACGGCCUUUAUGUCUUGAGAUGCCAUUAUGUUUAUCCUCUGAAAACUUUUCCUUUUCCAGUUGCUUCUCUAGUUAACUCUUAAUUUGUUAUAGGCAGAAGAAGACUUGACAUCCGUGUAAUGGAUGGGUUUUUAGUUGAACAGAAGAUGGCAAAAGACGGAAGGCUCUUGUCUUGCUUCCCACCCACCUGUGUGUGCAAGGGAUGAGACCUCACCUGUGUGAUCUCAGCACUGGGUGGGAAGGCAUGCUUUUUGUUAAGCUGAGUGGGGAGAAAUGCUACUUGUUCCUUUUGCCUGCAGAUUGAUUGCAUUUCGUGUAGCUGCUCUGUAUAUCACAAUUGUGAAAUGAAAUCCUUUUGAGUGCAAAUGCAGAAGAGGGUGUGGCUAAAGCAAUCAGGAACCUUUUCACUUCAAAUUAUCUGAUUUAUGACAUGAAAACUGCCAUGUUAACAUAGAUUUGCUUUGCAAACCAUUCGACUGGAAGUUACCUGGUGUUAUGCCAGAACACUCCCUUUGGCGAGCAUGAGAAAAUACAGCUCUUCAGCUUCUGGUCUAAACCAUGAGGGCUAAACAAUCCUAAAGAAAGAGCAAGUUGAACUUUCAGUGCUUUCAACAGGCUUCGUUUGGCUAACACGCUUGAUUUCCUUCCUCAAAUAUUAAACCUUUUGGGUGGGGAGUGUGAGCGAACCCCCUGUUCCUCUUCCUGGUGUGGGCUGCUUGGUCAUGCCGACGUGUCUGUGCUCAUAGCUUUUGCUUUGACGGGAGGAGCUGCAGAUUGGUCUCCUGCUGCUGGAAGUGCCAGACUCCCACCGGGCAGUGCCGGAGGGCGGCGUGCUGGGACUCAUGCUCAUCACAGCCCAUAGAACCAGGAGAUCCUGCGUUCCUACAGCGUGCCCGCUGGCUUCCUUGUGCUUUAGGUGAAGGUAGUGAUGGUUGCUUAGCUGCCUCGCACCCACCCGACUACCUCUCUACAGGAGUUUUCCUGAAGUGAGUGCUUGACAAUGGAGUUUUUGUUUAAAAUCUUAGGUUUUUGGAGAGGUAAAAGUGGCAGGUGCCAAAUAAUAGAGGAGGAUAAGAGGAAGGUCUUUGACUCAGUGACCCUCCCCUUCUGGAGGGAGCAGGAGUGGAAGAGAUGAGAAGUGUUAUCUUUAUCUCUUCUUCAAAUAUGCAUAACGUUCCUGCUGCAGAGAAGCAAGGCUACCAAGACUUCAUCUGAUAUUUCUGCUGCUGGGAGAGGAGAUGAGGUUGGAAGCAGUUGUGGCUGUUAGGUUCCUAUGGGAACAGAUAGGAGGUGCAAGGGCCUGAGUUCUCAAAUCUGAGGGGAUCUGUCAAGAAAGGUGGGGAAAAGAUUGCCUCUUUGGUUGGAUUGGGAAACAAAUAUACUGCACCCUUCCCCUAACCAUAGUUCUCUGCUGAACAGAUGGGAUUUUGUGCUGUGUCCUCAAGGCUGCCUCGCUGCUCGUGGCCACAGAGUUAAUUACAAGGUGGACAACGAGAUGCACGAGCCUGCCCUGCUGCUGUUUGCUAAGUCAGCAGCUCAGUGCCUCUAGCACGCAGGGGGCAGCAGAAAGGCUGCAUAUUUCUGCUGGAUGAGAACUCAGGCACCCCACGUAGGAGUGGUGCUUGGGAAGCAAGGUUGGCAACCUGGUCUGAACGAAAGUACUUCUGAUUCAACUUCUACCUCCCCGUUUAAAGCAGAGCUGAUGUUCAGGGCAGAGAUGGCUGCUCCGUGUCCACUGCGCUGAGCUGCUGCCUGUUGUUAAAACCACAGGACUUUGCCUUGCUCCUGUCCUUUCUCAUGCUGUUUUCCAGCUCAAUUCAGUGCAAGGCAUGCGCCUGCCUGGGGGCACUGCCUUCCUGGCUCCUGUUCAGCAGGGAUGGCUCUUUUAGAGAGGGAAUUUGGUGGCUUUUGCAGUUUGUCACGGUAGCUGAAGGCUCAGGGAAAGAAGGUGUUCGAAUAUUAAAACGGAUCCUUUCAUGUGAGUAAAACCCAUCAUUUUGCACUUGCAAAGUGCACUUUGAUGUUGCUUUCACACAUGCAUAAUUUUUGAGCUGCACAUCCUGGUUCUUUGACCUGUAGCAAAGUCAACACAAUUUGGCCCAUGAGCAAAGGCAGUGGUGUGGCUCACACCUGGCUCUGAGCUGCAGGGGGGUGCAGGGGCGUUCACUCCUCUGUGCUCAAUGGGAAUGAUAUCAUUUCCUUAUAGUCCUUACGCUUUACGUUUUACCUGCACAAUAAAAUGCAAUUUGAGUUAUGUGUACAGAAAAGCUUUUGAGUAGUUCAUGUAAAGGAUAGCUCUGCUUUCUCUGCAACCUUAUGCUAAGGGCACCUACUGAAGACUUGGAGCUAUUUAAAGAACGUGACUUCAGCUUCCCCGUGGAGGGAGGAGAAACCCACCCUAAAAAUACUGUUCUCGACUGCAACAAUCAGCACCGAAUCUCAUCACAUUGCCCUGAAGUUGACAUGCCCUGAAGCUGGAGGCACUCGAAGGAAGAUUGGGGGUGGCUGUGUGCUCAUGGCACCUGGCCUGGGGUCUGGCUGAGAUAGAUGGCACAGGGGUCACUGCAGCCCUGCUGGCAGUGUGAGCAGAACAUGAUGCCUGGGUGCUCUGUUAAGGUGGCUGGCUGCUGCUGACUCAGUCAUUGACUUCUUCCCUUCCCUCCUCCCUUUUGAUGUUUUAUUUCUGGAUUCUUUGACUACUGUCCUGAGAACAUUACUGUUUUCUAACUCUGUCCAACCAAUGGUAUCGGAAGGUGUAUCCCAUAACCUAACACAUCUUAGAAACCACAUCUUCUGCUUCUUUCCUAUAUAGAAAUGCAUACACUUUCCUUUUUCUUCUGUUCCCUCCUUGGGUAGUUAGGGGAAAGAAUGGGAGUACAAGGGGCGAGGAAGGAGAGGGGAGAAGAUGUGUAGCUGCCCGUGUUGCAAAUUGAAGUCUGCUGGGGUCAUUCUGGUGUCCUCGAUGUACUUCUUUCCUUCUUCAGAUUAACCUCACUCUGGUGGCUGGAACAUCCUUAUGGCUUCAGCAGUGCCAGGAGAGAUCACUGAGCUGUCAGUGAAUUAUUUAUGGCAUCAUUCUACCAGUAGUUUUGUUCCAGAGUGAUCGUGGUGGCCUACUGGUGUGACUCUCUCAACUGAAUGCUUUGAAUGUUGUGCAUCCUAAGAUGUACGAAAUAAUUGGGUGUUCAAAUGAAUAGUGAUGCUAAUAAGUACAAACGAGUUGUUAAUUCUCUCUCUUCCAACCAUAAACUAAUCGCUAACUGGUUCUGAUGAUGAGCUCCCCACGCAGUGAAGUUACUACAGUGUUGUGCACCUCAGUGCUACUACAAGUUUCAAAGGAGGAAAGGAGCGUGGAAAACCGAGCUGCCUCAUAGCUCCCUGCAGCUGAGCAGAGAGAAGAGACUGAAGGGAAGCAAGCACGUCCUGCUGAGGUCACCACGAUUUGGCAGUCCGAUGCCAGGAGCCCAGGUAUUUGACUGGGGAAAGGAACAUGAAGAGCUGUGAGAAGAUACCUGGCAUCCAGCUGCAGUUGUCCUGUGAUCUGUUGGUGAGUGCUGAGGAGAUCCCCCGUUCAGAGUUUGUGAUUACAGUCCUAUUCUGGGAAAAGAAUUGGAGCCAUCUGACAAGAUGAUGAUCUUCUGCAGUUGUUGUCCUCGUGUGCUGUCAUACACACAGAUCUCAGUUUGAGUCAAAGCUGCCGUGGUUUGCCAGUGCCGUGGGCUAGGCUUGGUGGUCUCUGAGGUCUGUGCAGAGUUUGAGUUGAGCAAAAUGUUUCUGCAAGAACACAGGCAUAACUCCUGUAAUUACUGUGCAGAAAGUCUGGAAAUGCUUUCCCACGUUGCUCAGAAAAGAACUUGGCUUGAUUGUUUGCCUGCAUCCAGAAUUUAAGUGCCAGAAAUUGAGGAACAAAGUAACACAGGAUUGUGUGAUGCAGAUUUCAGACCUGGGCUAGGCUUUUGCCUGAUACUUAGGUGCUUGAUUAUGUAUUAAUCACUUGGGUUAAUUGCCAUGUAAUACCGUUCUGAGGCCUUUAAGCUCUCAUCAAGGACGAGGAUCUGAAUCAAGUGCUGUAACUGGAAAAGGUGAACUAAAAGCUUUUUUUUUUCUUUUCCAAGCUUUGAAAAUUCACUUUCAGCAAAGGUGAAAGUUGCCAAACCACAGGUCUUGUGCUUGUGUUCUAUUCCGAGAUGAUUACAGCAUUCCCACCAAGGCACUUACUUCUGAAGCCCGACUGAAAAGCUUGAAAUGAGUGAACACUUCACGGUUAAUUGUACUGUAGUUAAAGGAGAGGGAAAGAAAGUCCACACUUAGAUAAAUUCUGCAGAAGACAUUGCCACAAAGGCACUAAAUUUAAUUACAGGGAUAAUGAUACAUUGCCUACAGCAGGAGAGGAAAAAGUACUUUCUUGUCUAAUGGUCUAAAUCUGUCUUUCUCUGCCUUGGCUCAGAGCCAAUCACUUGUCCUGGAAUAUAUCUGAAUAAACAGCUUUUAUUUUUUAUUUUUUUCUUCUUCCUUAUAAUCCUGUUUGGGUUAUAAAUUCGAGUGUGAAGACUCAUUUAGCAUUUGGAAGUGUAGUCUGCCAGACUACAAGAAAGGGUCUCCUUGCAGAAAUCAAUUUGAGAAUGCUUCCUUUUCCAGAGAGCUGUUAAAGUCAUGGCCCUGCCCAUUCUGUGGGGACGAGCCCCCUCUCUGCUGGUGCAAGGAGAGUCAGUUGGGAAGUGCUCUGGCAGUGGAUUUAUGCAAGAGCUGCAUGAAGUAGAGCAGAGAGGUGCAGAUGGAUGAUAUGUGAAGGAGACAGACAUCUGAAGAACAUGGGAGUGCUAACUUGGCGUAUUCUGAGCAAAUGUGAGGGGCCAGUGUGAGCACAAAGGAGAUGUGGAGCUGGCAGGAUUCUUCUGUGCGACUUGUGGCUGAGUGAGAGAUCACCUAGGAGUUUGCUCCCUGGGCUCACCUUCCUCUCCUGCACUCCCCUAUUUGAGCGUGCCAUGCCUCCUAGUGCUGGAUGGAGGAAGCUCUGCCAUCUUGAGUGUCAAGUAGGAGGUGAGCAUCGUGCCUGCUGAACUCUCUCAGACCCACUAGCCAUGCCAGGGAUUGUUGUGUUCCGCCGUCGCUGGUCUGUGGGCAGCGAUGACCUCGUUUUGCCAGCAGUCUUCCUCUUCCUCCUGCAUACCACCUGGUUUGUGAUCCUCUCCGUGGUGCUCUUUGGGCUGGUGUACAACCCCAAUGAGACCUGCUCGCUGAACCUGGUGGACCACGGCAGAGGCUACCUGGGCAUCCUGCUCAGCUGUAUGAUCGCAGAGAUGGCAAUCAUCUGGCUCAGCAUGCGAGGCAGCAUCCUGUACACCGAGCCCCGAGACUCCAUGCAGUAUGUGCUCUAUGUCAGACUGGCUAUCUUGGUGAUUGAGUUUGUGUAUGCUAUUGUGGGCAUCAUUUGGCUAACGCAGUACUACACUUCCUGCAAUGAUAUCACCGCAAAGAGUGUCACUUUGGGAAUGGUGGUGUGCAACUGGGUUGUCAUCCUGAGUGUCUGCAUCACUGUCCUGUGCGUCUUCGACCCGACAGGCCGGACCUUUGUCAAACUGCGUGCCACGAAGCGGAGACAGCGCAACCUAAGGACCUACAACCUGCGACACCGCCUGGAGGAAGGGCAGGCCAGCAGCUGGACGCGCCGCCUGAAGGUUUUUCUUUGCUGCACUCGGACAAAGGACUCUCAGUCGGAUGCAUACUCUGAAAUCGCCUACCUUUUCGCUGAGUUCUUCCGAGACCUUGACAUCGUCCCAUCUGACAUCAUUGCAGGCCUGGUUCUGCUGCGCCAACGGCAGCGGGCAAAGCGCAACGCUGUGCUGGAUGAGGCGAACAAUGACAUUUUAGCUUUUCUGUCUGGGAUGCCAGUGACCAGGAACACAAAGUAUCUGGAUCUGAAAAAUGCGCAAGAGAUGCAGCGAUACAAAGAGGUGUGUUACUACAUGCUGUUUGCCCUGGCUGCCUAUGGCUGGCCCAUAUACCUGAUGAGGAAGCCCACAUGUGGACUCUGUCACCUGGCCAGAUCCUGCUCGUGUUGCUGUCUCUGUCCUUCACGUCCCCGCUACGCACCCAGUGUCACCAUUGAAGAGGAUAAUUGCUGUGGCUGCAAUGCCAUUGCCAUCCGGCGCCACUUCUUGGAUGAGAACAUGACCUCGGUGGACAUUGUUUACACUUCUUGCCACGAUGCGGUUUACGAAACUCCUUUUUACGUGGCUGUGGACCAUGAGAAGAAGAAGGUGGUCAUUAGUAUCCGAGGAACUCUGUCUCCAAAAGAUGCCCUGACUGACCUGACUGGGGACGCAGAGCGCCUUCCAGUCGAGGGUCACCAUGGAACGUGGCUGGGACACAAGGGAAUGGUGCUAUCCGCUGAGUACAUCAAGAAGAAACUGGAGCAAGAGAUGGUCCUUUCUCAAGCCUUUGGACGAGACUUGGGGAGAGGAACAAAACACUAUGGCCUGAUUGUGGUUGGCCAUUCCCUAGGGGCUGGCACAGCUGCCAUCCUGUCCUUCCUCUUGCGUCCGCAGUACCCAUCACUGAAGUGCUUUGCUUAUUCUCCCCCAGGUGGGCUGCUGAGUGAGGAUGCCAUGGAAUAUUCAAAAGAGUUUGUGACUGCAGUCGUGCUUGGCAAAGAUCUAGUGCCCAGAAUUGGUCUCUCUCAGCUGGAGGGAUUUCGCCGGCAGCUUCUGGAUGUUCUUCAGAGAAGUAACAAACCAAAGUGGCGGAUCAUUGUGGGCGCUACCAAGUGUAUACCCAAGUCAGAGCUUCCAGAAGAGACUGAAGAGAACUCGGUAACGAGCAACCGCCUCUGGACCCACCCCAGUGAUCUGACCAUUGCCCUGUCUGCCAGCACGCCGCUCUACCCACCUGGCCGCAUCAUCCACGUGGUGCACAACCAUCCUGCAGAGCAGUGCUGUUGCUGUGAGCAAGAGGAUCCCACUUACUUUGCUAUCUGGGGUGACAAUAAGGCAUUUAAUGAAGUGAUCAUCUCGCCAGCGAUGUUGCACGAACACCUCCCAUACGUGGUCAUGGAAGGGCUCAACAAGGUCUUAGAGAAUUACAACAAGGGGAAAACAGCUUUACUUUCUGCAGCCAAAGUGAUGGUGAGCCCUACAGAAGUGGAUCUCACUCCAGAGUUGAUCUUCCAGAGUCAGCCCUUGCCUAGUGGGCCCUCUGUGCAGAUUGGAACUGGAGCCCUAACAGCGGACAGAAGGAACAGCAGUACAAAGAGCAAGUCCCAUUCUGAAAUCAGCUUGGAGGGGUUUUACGAGACAAAGCCACUUUCUCCUGUGCAGAAAGACCCUGUGGAGCUCCUUCUCCUGGACACGAAGGAACGUCUGUCUGUGGAGCUGCAGGACCGCCGUGCCCCUCUCGCGACCAUGGAGAGCCUCUCUGACAACGAAUCCAUCUACAGCUUCGAUUCGAGGCGCUCCUCUGGUUUCCGGAGCAUCCGAGGCUCCCCCAGCCUCCACGCUGUCAUGGAGAAGGACGAGACGCACUGCUUUUAUAUAGACCCCGCUAUCCCCGAGGAGAACCCCUCCCUCAGCUCUCGGACAGAGCUGCUGGCUGCUGAUAGCCUCUCCAAGCACUCCCAGGAGACUCAGGCGCCCGACAACGCGCUCAACAGCGGUGGCACCACCCCCCAGCGGCGCUGCAGCGAGGAGGGGGCCAGCAGCGAGGGGGACCGUGUUUCCUUAGCCCCUCGUGAGGAGCUGGCCCUCCAGAACGGCCGGCUCGCCGACGUUCCCAGUCCGCAGGUGCUGGAAUUUGCUGAGUUCAUAGACAGCCUCUUUAAUUUGGAUAGCAAAAGCAGCUCCUUCCAGGACAUCUACUGCAUGAUGGUAUCAGAUAGCUCCAGUGACUUUGCGGAGAUGCCCAAGUCCGUUAGCGAUCAGGAGAUCCUGUUGAGGGCACAGUAUGAACCCAACUUAGUCCCAAAGCCCCCGAGGUUGUUUGCAGGCUCAACAGAUCCUUCGUCGGGCAUCUCUGUCUCACCUUCCUUCCCCCUUAGUUCAUCCGGAGAGCUCAUGGACAUCACUCCCACAGGCGUGAGCAGCCAGGAGUGCCUGGCCACUGACAAAAUCCGGACUUCCACCCCCACCGGGCAUGUAACCAGCCCUGCCAAGCAGGAGGACCUCAUGAUUUCGGCCCUCUAGUGCUGGGUAAAGGGGUGCGGCUCUGAGAGCCGAUCCCAUAGGCUGAGUGCUGGGAUAAUACUCGGAGAGGAGGUGGUCGUCAGGCAGUUCGAAUUGGUGGAGACAGCUGGAAACAUUCCUUCUGGGGUGACACCACGGGUGACACGGUGGUGGCACGCCGUCUGGAGGAUGGAUUGUGCUCGAGUACCAUGCUUGCUGCUGGGAGAAGAAGCAUUGCCUCACAAGGCCUGCUACACUAAGAGGGUCUGAGUCACUAAAGGUAGAUGCAAGUUCCCUACCUCAGCCUGUCUCAUUCCAUGUAAGAGGCAGAUUCCUUGCCCCAGGGCACCUGCUGAGUUUGGGAGUGAGAUACCUUGCUCCAGGGAAUUCUCAAGGGCAAAGGGGUAGAGGUUUGAGAGUUGGAUAGACAGAAGCAAGGGGGGCAGGCCAGAUCCACCCCCCCCCCUCCCUUGGUACCAUUUCAGUGGCUUUGGAAAUGAACGUAUUGAGACUUUGGGCCCUGUUGCACUACCAUGUCAGAUCUGGCCCAAGAUCCAAUUCGUCACACUUCCAUGGGGAUUUCCUUCCUGGGACACUCUCCUCUUUUAAAGCCAUUGGGGCUGUAUUCUCCCCAGAUGCAGUCUCCCCUUCCCUGGCCAGGUGCAGCAAGAAUUGGGCUGGCACUGUGUUUUCUCUCCCCUGAGUACUUCUGUGUUCAAUGACCGCCAGGCUGCUCCUGAGAGGAACGGAAACUGCUCUGAAGAGCCCAAACCCCUCUGCCAUGUCCCUCCUUCACCAGAAAAAGUUCUCCCGGACGUCACCGUCAUCACUCAGUGCCCUGGACUGCUCUGAGCUGGCGAUGCUCCUGCAGGACUGACAGCAUUCUCGUCUCAGAGCUGCAUGGAUGGAUCAACUUAAAGAUUCAAACGGCUCGUCCGCACCCAGCGUUGCUUCCUAGGCACCCUGGGAUCCCCUCCCGGACCCUGCCGGGUCCUCACACUACCCAUAUGCAGUCAUGACAGAUCAGUGCCAGCCACUGUCAUUGGGAGUUCAGGGAAAAGUUGAACUUUUACGAAGUAUUGAAAUCUCUUGUAUGUUUACAAAGCUGCUAAGCUUUUGGAAGGUAUUUAUUAAGCAAACAGGGAGGCUCUCUCUAGGCAAAAAGUAGAGUCGUUCUCUCCUCCCCGCGCCGUUCCCUCUGGAGGCUGAGGGGAGAGAGGGUAAGCAGGUAUGCUCACCGGUCCUCUGCUUUAGAAGCAGGGUGGGGUGAGGGGAGACCAUUUGGCUCUGAGCCUGGGGGGGCUGCGUCCCUCACCCAUUCUCCCUGAUGCACAGCGUGUUACGAAGCUCAACCAAGUCGUGAGUGAGACUACCUAAGCACUGCUGUGCAGAGCCUCAGGGCCCAGAGGAGCCUGCUGGAGCUAUCCAAGUAGGGUAUCUCCGUGGUUUGAAGCAGGAAAGAAAUUACCUGUCUAGAAAGUUAAACGUACUGUGACCUCGUGCAAUCCUUUAACUGACAGAACAUCUUCAGCGGAGUUACCGAUGCGGUCUCAUUGGGGCUCUGUCCUCCCUCACUGGAAAAGAAAUUCCUCUUUUUAACUUCUUUCUAACACUAGGGAUGUGACUUCCCCCUCCUUAGCUGUGGUAUUACCGAUGUGGGAAGAUGCUGUGAUUCCCAGGAGCUUGGUUUGCUGGGCUCCUGUGUUCCCUUAGGCUCUGGCUGUGCUCACCAGCAGCCCUGGUCGUGGCUCAGGGCUGUGCUGCCCUGGAUGCAGCACAGAGAGCACAGCGGUAUCAAAUACUGUCACAUCAGAGCAGCAGCACUUUAUAGCUGCUGCGUGUUGAUGUAAGUGACUUCAGGUGCACGGAAAUGAACUGGACUUUGUCCAAGUGCUUGAUCCUCCUGCUCAGUUUCGGGCAGGAUACUGUAUCCACCUGCUCUUGAAAAAUUACAGGGCCCUUAGGAACGCAGGGCUUUUGCUCAGACAGGCAGUAAGACGUCAUCCCUGUGCGUUAGAUCCCAGAGGGGACCUUUUCUAUACAAUCUGGAUAUGGAGGGAGGAAGCCCCUCUGAAUUAGCUGUAAUCUGUAAAAGAGAAAACCACUUUGUUCCGAGCAACAAGAAGUUGUUUGUUACGUCGGUCUUUCAGAGCAGAGGAGUGUUCCCCUCGCUGGGAGGUGAUGGUCCAGGAGCUCACACAGACAGCUGUGUAAGUGCCAUCAGAUCAUCCACCAUUGCAGACCAUGGGGGAAGGCUGACUUGCUGCAGGUAGUCAAGAAGCACUACAAGGGUGAUGUCCAGAGAUAGGCACAUAGGUAGUUGUGAGGGGAAAGGGAGCUUGAAGCAUAGGGAGCCUGAGGCUAGCAGGCUAGCUCACCUCCUGAUGCAGACUGCUGCCAUGCACAUGGAGUGGGGGAAAAGGACUUCGCUUCUGCCUUUAGUUGUGGGCAGAAAGUGGGUAGUAAAAACACUUAGCACUUCGGCAGAGCUUUAUAUCUGCAAAGCACUUUACAAGCAUGAAGGAAAGAAUCACCUCUGUCCCUGGCAGCGAGCUAUUAGGAGAUGUCUCUCUGAGACUGGGUGGAACUACUGGUAGCCUACCUGAGGGAUGGGGAGGGGAUGAUGCGAGCUGAGAAACGUGGAUAACCUCCCUCUUAAGAACAAGUUGUUUCACUAGUGACCCGAUGUUGAACGGCUCACAGCAUUGCACUAGAAAGUCAAUUCUGACCUGGAUACCUCCCACACGUCCUGGAAAACAAUCGUGGUGUGACUGUUUCCUUCUCUGUGCCAUUGGAUCUGUGUCCUUAGGGAAUGGGGUCACCUUGCCCUGACCAGCUGUAGCAGGAAACAGCCUGGCAUGCUGCAUUUUUUUUGUGUGCUCUGUGCUCUGUGAUUAUUAGGCUUCUCUGAAAAGCCUGGAAAUGCCUCAUGUUUGUGACCUGGCCUUGCCGUAGACCAAGUCAAGGUGCAAAAGAGCCCUCCUGGUUAACAUUCUGACUGUAUCACGUUAUGGGUGAUUCCUGUUUUGCCAUUGCUCUGUUGACAAACAGAUCUGUUCCCAGUCCUCACAAAAAGUCCUCACUGAGUAAAUCCACGUUCUUUGCAUUA